GUGGCGCGGCCGCUGCGUCAGUCACAGUCCUGGCUGCGGGAGUCUAGCCGCCGUCGCCGCCAGCGGACCGGGCGGAGAUCCGGGUGCCAGGUCCUCGUCAGUCCGCCCCCGUCGCCUCAGUCGGCCGUCCCGGGCCGAACCCGCCCGUCAUGGAGCGGGGCGAGACGUAUGCCUGUUCCGUCUGAGGUGCGCCGCCGUCUGCGCUUUUCGAGAGCUCUGGAUCCCUUACAGCCGCUCGGAGUCCCUCGUCCUUGGCAGCCUGUCGCCGCUCCCACCGGGCGGGCUCGAAUGCGCGUCCCGUGAAGGUACAGGCCCGGCGCCGCCGCUGCCGCAGCUGGGAAAUGGUUCGGGCCUAGCGGAGCCAGGACUGGAGCAACAUGAACCUUGAAGACCGGAAUGUGCUGCGUAUGAAAGAACGGGAAAGGCGGAAUCAGGAAAUUCAGCAAGGCGAAGACCCCUUCCCACCUAGCUCUCCUCUCUUUGCUGAGCCAUACAAAGUUACUAGCAAAGAAGAUAAGCUAUCAAGUCGCAUUCAGAGUACGCUUGGAAACUACGAUGAAAUGAAGGAUUUCAUAGGAGACAGAUCUAUACCAAAGCUUGUCGCAAUUCCCAAGCCUACAGUACCACCAACAGCAGAUGAAAAAUCUAACCCAAAUUUCUUUGAACAGAGACAUGGGAGCUCUCAUCAGAGUAGCAAAUGGACUCCAGUAGGACCUGCACCCAGUACUUCUCAGUCUCAGAAACGGUCCUCAGGUUUACCGAGUGGACACAGUAGCCAGCGGACCAGUGCAGGUGGCAGUGGUGGCACUAAUAGUAGUAGCCAGAGGCACGACCGUGACUCGUAUAGCAGUAGUGGAAGCAGUAGCCGAAAAAAAGGCCAACAUGGAUCAGAACACUCCAAAUCACAAAAAAAAAUCCAGAGUAUGUCUUCAUUAAGCUCCAGUCAUUCCAGGUCUCAUGGGAAUGAUCACCAUAGCAAGGAGCAUCAGCGUUCCAAAUCUCCUCGGGACCCUGAUGCAAACUGGGAUUCUCCCUCCCGUGUACCCUUUUCAAGUGGGCAGCACUCAAAUCAGUCUUUCCCACCUUCAUUGAUGUCAAAGUCCAGUUCAAUGUUACAGAAACCCACUGCCUAUGUGCGGCCCAUGGACGGACAGGAAUCCAUGGAACCGAAGCUGUCCUCUGAGCACUACAGUAGCCAGUCCCAUGGCAACAGCAUGGCUGAACUGAAGCCCAGCAGCAAAGCACAUCUCACCAAGCUGAAAAUACCCUCCCAACCAUUGGAUGCAUCUGCUUCUGGUGAUGUGAGCUGUGUGGAUGAAAUUCUUAAAGAGAUGACGCAUUCAUGGCCUCCCCCUCUAACGGCUAUUCAUACACCAUGCAAAACAGAACCUUCCAAAUUUCCUUUUCCAACUAAGGAGUCUCAGCAGUCCAACUUUGGCCCUGGAGAACAAAAAAGAUACAAUCCUUCUAAAACUUCAAAUGGGCAUCAGUCUAAAUCUAUGUUAAAAGAUGACUUAAAACUAAGCAGCAGUGAAGACAGUGAUGGGGAACAGGAUUGUGAUAAGACAAUGCCAAGGAGUACACCAGGAAGUAACUCUGAACCUUCACAUCACAACAGUGAAGGGGCAGAUAACUCCCGUGAUGACUCCAGCAGCCACAGUGGGUCUGAAAGCAGUUCUGGAUCUGACUCAGAGAGUGAAAGUAGUUCCAGUGACAGCGAGGCAAAUGAGCCGUCCCAGAGUGCAUCUCCUGAGCCUGAACCACCACCAACAAACAAAUGGCAACUUGAUAAUUGGUUGAAUAAAGUGAACCCACAUAAAGUGUCACCAGCUUCUUCUGUGGACAGUAACAUCCCAUCAUCUCAAGGCUAUAAAAAGGAAGGCCGAGAACAGGGCACUGGGAAUAGCUACACUGAUCCAAGUGGACCUAAAGAAACGAGUUCCGCUACUCCUGGACGAGACUCCAAAACUGUCCAAAAGGGAUCUGAAAGUGGGCGUGGGAGGCAGAAGUCUCCUGCGCAGAGCGACAGCACAACACAAAGGAGAACUGUAGGCAAAAAACAACCCAAAAAGGCUGAGAAGGCAGCUGCUGAAGAGCCCCGUGGAGGCUUGAAGAUAGAAAGUGAAACCCCUGUAGACAUGGCUACCAGCAUGCCCUCCAGCAGACACAAGGCAGCCACCAAAGGCUCAAGGAAACCCAACAUAAAAAAGGAGUCAAAAUCUUCCCCUCGACCUUCAGCAGAGAAAAAGAAAUACAAGUCAACCAGUAAAUCUUCUCAGAAAUCGAGGGAAAUCAUAGAAACAGAUACCUCAUCCUCAGAUUCAGAUGAAAGCGAGAGCCUUCCUCCUUCCUCACAAACUCCUAAGUACCCUGAGAGUAAUAGGACUCCUGUUAAGCCCUCCUCAGUGGAGGAAGAAGAUAGCUUUUUUCGUCAACGAAUGUUCUCUCCUAUGGAAGAGAAGGAACUUCUUUCACCCCUUAGUGAGCCUGAUGACAGGUAUCCACUUAUUGUGAAGAUUGACCUGAAUCUCUUGACUAGAAUACCAGGAAAGCCUUACAAAGAAACAGAGCCACCCAAGGGGGAAAAGAAAAAUGUGCCCGAAAAGCACACAAGAGAGGCUCAGAAACAAGCCUCAGAAAAAGUUUCCAACAAAGGCAAGAGGAAACAUAAGAAUGAAGAUGAUAACCGAACCAAUGAGAGCAAGAAACCCAAAAUGGAGGACAAGAAUUCAGCAGGCCACAAGCCACCCAGCAACAGAGAGUCAUCUAAGCAGAGUGCAGCAAAGGAAAAGGAUCUACUGCCUUCUCCUGCUGGGCCUGCUCCGGCAAAAGACCCAAAAACGGAGCAUGGCUCUCGGAAGAGGACUAUUAGUCAGUCUUCUUCCUUAAAGUCAAGUAGUAACAGCAACAAGGAGAAUAGUGGCAGCAGUAAAAACAGUUCCUCCACUUCCAAGCAGAAGAAAACUGAAGGGAAGACUUCCAGUAGCUCUAAGGAGGUCAAGGAAAAGGCUUCAAAUAGCUCCUCAAACUGUCCUCCAUCUACACCAACUCCUGAUUCUUCUAAGCCUCGAAGAACAAAGCUUGCCUUUGAUGACAGAAAUUAUUCAGCAGACCAUUAUUUACAAGAAGCAAAAAAGCUAAAGCACAAUGCAGAUGCAUUGUCUGACAGGUUUGAGAAAGCUGUGUACUAUCUUGAUGCCGUGGUAUCUUUCAUUGAAUGUGGGAAUGCGUUAGAGAAAAAUGCUCAGGAAUCCAAAUCCCCAUUCCUUAUGUAUUCAGAGACAGUGGAACUCAUCAAAUACACUAUGAAGCUAAAGAAUUACUUAGCACCAGAUGCUACAGCUGCAGAUAAAAGACUCACAGUACUUUGCCUGCGAUGCCAGUCUUUGCUGUACCUGAGGCUAUUCAAACUGAAGAAGGAAAAUGCUCUGAAGUACUCAAAGACACUGACCGAGCACUUGAAGAAUUCUUAUAAUAAUUCUCAAGCACCAUCACCUGGCUUGGGAAGCAAAGCUGUUGGGAUGCCUUCCCCUGUUUCUCCAAAGCUGUCACCAGGCAACUCAGGAAAUUAUUCCUCUGGGGCCAGUAGUGGUGCUUCAGCGAGUGGUUCUUCAGUGACCAUUCCACACAGGAUCCACCAGAUGGCAGCCAGCUAUGUUCAAGUUACAUCCAACUUCCUCUAUGCCACAGAAAUUUGGGACCAAGCUGAGCAGCUUUCCAAAGAACAAAAAGAAUUCUUUGCUGAACUGGAUAAAGUAAUGGGCCCUCUCAUCUUUAACGCAAGCAUCAUGACAGACCUAGUUCGCUACACCCGGCAGGGACUGCACUGGCUUCGCCAGGAUGCCAAGUUGGUAUCUUGAACUGAACACAUUCUCGUUGCCUCUGAUUUUCUCCACAACACUGUGUUACAUCACGAAGGAAACUGCCAUAACUCGCCACCUAGUCGACACUAAGAAUGAGGAAUGGUUUUCUCCUCCCUGGUUCAUGUGUUAACUGUUUUUAUGACCCAAAGUCAUCAUGUCAGUUGAUCCCUUCAAUAUUCCCAAUAUGAAAAAUUAUUUAAAUCUGUAGCACAUCAAUAAGAUGGUUUCAGUCAUCUGUCAUAAUUGAAAUUCCAGUUGAAAGUCAUAACUAAUCGGUUGAAAUUCUAUUUAUUUUAAUUUUUUUAAGUUCUCAGAUUGGGGCUAGUUUAAAACUUAAUUAUUUCUGUCUAUAAAUUUAACCCGUUAAAUAUUUAGUGUAAAUUUAAUAUAGGCAUUUUUAUUUAUUUUUUUGGGAGCUUUGUUACCUAACGUCUUUUUUGUGGUAGCUCUUCUAAGAGUAAGAGUUGGUUCAUCUAAAAUAUGGACAUGUUCUUUCUACACCUACUACCUGAUAAUAUUUCAAAUCUUAACUACAAUUUUAUUAAUGCAGAGUUUAUACUUAGUAAUAAGGAUAUUCUACAUAUGAAAAAUCACUUAAAUAUGAGAAGAUAGCAUUCUACAUGGAUAUAAAAUGAAAUAUGUCUGAUUUGGUAUGCAUUAUUUCAAGAACUGUGAAUGUGUGUUAACACUAUAACAAUCACAAGGUGACUAUAACUUGCAUUUAAUGCAUUACAAAAGAGGGCAGGCAGAUUUUCUAGGAGAAACGUGUCGUGAAGGGUUUCAUUAAAGGACAAUCUUAAACUUAAUGGAUUUUAUUAAAACCAUGUGUUCUUUUUUGUUGCUUAUUAUUUUGACACUUAAUUGAAACAGUAAGUUAACUGUUGAACAAAGAGUGAUCCAACUCCUGAAGGUUGUUGCCUGUUAUCUCUUUCAUGGAUAAUGUUUGAAGGGUAAAAUCUUUCUUCAGUCUUUUGAUUUAAAAAAAUUUUUUCCACGCUAGAUUAUGAUGCUCUGAUAGGAACAUACAGCGAUAUAGGAAUGGGCUGCAGCUUUGGUGUGUGUGCUUUUGCUGUACGACUUAGAGUUCUAAUGCCUGGUGUGGACAUGAUGGAUUUCUCCUUCUAAAACUGUUUUGUAAUUACUUCCUUUGUAUUAUGAAGGCCCUCAUCAGUGAUGUAUAUUUCUGAUGGGAUCAGAAAAUUCACACUAGAAAAAUACCUAACUUGGUUCAUUGUGAGCCCUCUUGGGAAUGGGAGGUGGGGCGUAGGGGUAGAGCUUAAGAAGCCAGCUCUGUAAGAGUUGUCUAUCAAAGCACCUUUCCCUCCCUGUAAGGUACACGUAAGAGUCAAAGGUGAGACAUAUUCCCUCUAUCUUUUGUUUUUAGUGCCCCUAUCACGUCUGGUGUGCCUUAAAUCUUACCUUUAAGUGAAGACUCUAUGGACUGUUUACAAGUGAAGUUUUACAUUAGGACCAGAUCGCCCAUACGGUUGGUCUUUUGCAGUAAUAAUGUUAAAUUCUCUUUCCUUUUAAAUCUUCCUUUAGGGUCACAUAAAGAUUCAUUCAGAAAAGCUAACGCUUUGGUACAUGACUUAGUCUAGUCUAUUGGGUAAUGCUGCUUCAAAAAAUAGUUUGUCUUUCUCCCCAUUCCAAAAGUGAAUCCAUCCAAUUAGAAAAAAGGACCGUCCUGCUAUUUAUAGAUGAUUGCUAAAGCUUGAAGUUGGGAAACAAGGACUAGAAAAUCUCCAAGCCCAGUGGUGCAGUGAAUCCUCUGUGUUGAGUCUCUCUCACAUUUACUUCUGAAGCUAGAAAACUUUGUUGUCCUGUGGCUUCAUGUUUAUAGAGCUUCUUAACUGCUUUGUACUUCAUGUUGUUUUUGCAUAUCGUUGGAGAUUGAAAUCUGUAGAUUAUGUCGAAUUUAACCUUUUUCCCUUGGAGAAAUUGCCUCUCAUAUCUUUCUGAUUUAAUCUUCGUGUGUUUUAGGAACAGUUUUCCUUAAGGGGACAAUUCUCAGUGAUUGUGGUGGUUUUUCAGUAAGGAACUGGCUACUGUUUACCCUGUAGACAUAUGUCCUGGCCCUCUCUGACUUCUCUGACAGAUUCCUUCGCUUAUAGUGAUGUCUUAGAAGUGGAAAAUGGAUCCUCUGAGCUUUUAGACUCUAAGCCACAGCAGCCUCCAGGCACAUCUGAGUUCCAGUGUGUGCUGGGAGGAGUGCUUCUGGGUCACGCUGAUAUUUUGUUAAAGCAGAGUUUCCUGUAUGUUUUAUGGUGCUGCUCUAAGAUUUUCUCUCUGUAAAACUGUGUCAAUUCUUGGAGAACGAAUUUUUCAAGCUUUUCACUGUGGAGGGAUGUUCCCACCAGGUGGUAAUAGGCAAUGGAUCAAAAUCCUAUCCUAAAUAAUUUUCAGUGUAAUAGUCUGUGGAAACACCACUUCCUCUCCUCUGAGGCCAUCUCCUCAGAAGUUCUGUCUGUGUCUUCAUCCACUCCAGCACACACUUUGGACUCCUUUCCAAGUGACCAUUUCUCCUUCCUCACUAGGUGUCUUCAGUGUUCUCUAACCAUUUAAUACUGAAUUUAACAAGUGGCUAAAAAUUUAACUCAGUCUGAGACUUGUACUUAAUAUAUAGUUAAUUAUAGAAAUAGCAACUAUUUAAAAACUUAUUCUGUUGACUACUCUUUAAAAUCACGGUUGUAUGCCAGGAGGCAGCAGCCUACACCAUUGAACUCUUUACAGGCAACCAGCGAAGAGGUUGCAGUGGAUGAAGUUGUUACAUGGUAGUCUUGCCCAGCCUGGCCUGAGCUGUGGGGAGCAUUUGCCUGCAGGUGAUUCAAGCUUCCACAGUCCAGCCCAGGCCCAGUCUGGCUGGGGUGGGCGCAUUCAGCCCGUUUCUUGCCUCAUUGCCACCUUUUUCUGGGCAAGUAGCUGAGAACUGACUUUAUAAGAAUGAGUACUACAGAUAAAUUUACAGCUAUAGUUGCUGAAGAGUGGAGAAGGUUGACCAUCACUAAUUUAGCUCUCCAGUGUAAAAGCAAUCUAGGGUAAUGUGUACACAUGCCCACACAUGCCUGUGAUCUGGGGAGCUCUUGCACUGAUGGAUCCAUAGGCAUCUGGGCUGCACUUUGAAUGACACACUUGUGGCUUUAUUAGAUUCACUGUUGCUGUUGCUGUUGCUGUUGUUUUUAAUUGUUUCUUUUCAUUGAAGAAAGGUUUAAUCAGCUAGAUCAGACAGCAUCAUUUUGUGAUGACAGAAACUUUGGGAAAUUACCUUUAUUGAAUGAGCUUGCAUUGUGAAGCAAGCCACCUACAAAGGCACCUGUUGUAAAUGAAAGUCCUGGCUCUGGGGGCUGGCAGCACCCUGGAGUUUCGGGGCAGCCAGGGGUCACUCCAGUCUGUGAUGCCUAGCUGUAGAGGAGAGGCAUCCUGUGCACUCUUCUAGGUGUGAGCAUAUGCAACUUUGGAUUUUAAAAUUAUGUACACAUACACACUUUAUAUAUAUGUAUGUAUGUAUGUAUGAAAACAUGAAAUUAGUUUGUCAAAAUGUGUGUGUGUAGUUUUAGCUUAGUGCAACUAUUUCCACAUUAUUUAUUAAAUUGAUCUAAGACACUUUCUUGUUGACACCUUGAAUAUUAAUGUUCAAGGGUGCAAUGUGUAUUCCUUUUAGAUCUUUAAAGCUUAAUUACUAUUAUUUGUAGUAAAUUAACUCUUAAAAUAUAUUUGAGCUCUUUGGUAGUAUAAUAGGGCUCUUACAGGGUGGGAUUUUAAUUUCCCAGUUGCUAGUUGAGCAAAAUGGACUCGUUAUGCGUUUUGAAUUAUAGGAGUUUGCCUCUGGGUCCCAGGAACAUCUACUGGGAAUGACUGUUUUAGGCAGAUUGUGAUGAUAUUUUUAAAAACAAAACCUAAGAAAAUUGGGAAAACAUUUCAAAUCCAUAUAGACUCCUAUAACUCAUAUUCCCUAUCGGAACACGUGGAACACAGAUUUCAUUUCAAUUUCAAGUAUCGAGUAUUUCAAGUGUUGGAGAGGCAGACUUUUUUUCCAGUAAUAAAUAAUAUUGCACAUUUGCUGUUUGCUAUUCAGUAAGGUAAAUAGAAAAGUAUGGAAUGACUUGAAAUAUGUAGUGACAAGAGACCAAAUUGGUCAUCUUUGUGAGCAUUUGGUUCACAUACUCACUAAAGAGAAAUUCAGUUUAUACCCUAGAACCAAACUGGCAAGUGACAGGACGUAAAUUAAUAGUUGGUAAAGCCGAUGCUGAUUCUACUUUAUUGAACUCUAUGGUUAAUUUAAAAAAACUUACUAUCUCCAGAAGAGGGAAUGGAAGGAAUAUCUAAGUUUCUUCUUUUGGUCGGAAUCUGGUCACAGAAUAAGGCAUCAAAGUUAAGUUUGAACCAAGUCUUGUAGCUCUAUAAACACCCUAAAAUAGCACCCUAAGAAAUCAUCAUGUAACGAAGACGACUUUGGGGGAAUGUCAGCGUUGACCUACACUUGCCGCCAUUGCCCAGCUAAGCAUAAAUUGUCAUUCCUAAAAAGAAACAAAGUUCUCUAAUGAGCAUGGGAAAAAUAACUCCCACCCAGAAAUUCUAGUAAUACUCAAUUUUGACCUCUUCCUGCUUCCACAUGGGGUUUCUUUUUGGCUUUUCACCAUUGGAACUUUCUACCUGCUAUGUUCCUUUCUGGAAACUAUCCAUUUGGAAAUGCUGCCUUUCAAGUCAAUUCCAUGGUUAUCCAUACUGUUGAGUUUGUUGUUGCUGUUCAAGAAGUGUCCCCAUUUUACAAUUUUAUGCACACACCUGGCAAGUCAUUGACGUGAGCAUUCAACAGUACUGGGGCGGGCGUGGGGCGGGGCUCACCAACAGAGCUGGUCCAACUGGCAGUGCUUGAAAAGGCACCACCUUUGAGGAUCAGAUGUGAGGUUGGGAAGCACAGUUAUGAAAAUUUCUCUCUAGCCUCCAUUUUGAAUGGUUUUAAGAAAUUUUGUAUAUGGAGGUUGGAAAUGCUUAUUAUAUUUAUUUAAAAUCUUUUUAUCUUAUUUGAAGUUAAAAUUAUUUGGUGAAUAAUGGUUUGAUAUUUGGGGAGGGUUUUUGAGGGGAGCUAACGCCACUGAUAAAAGUCUGUUGAUUCUGUAGAAAGGUACUGUUAGUGUCUGAGUGGAUGCCUUUGUUUUGUGCACGAUCCAGAUCUUUGUUUUACAUUUUUUUAUCCAAAAUAUUUAGGCAUCUGACAUUUUCAACCAAAAUUUCAAUUAUAUACUGUGAUUUUUGUUGCAAUACAUUAAAAUUUCAGAGGUACUUUGGGGCUCAAAAGCUAGGAUUUCUAAGUCAGUAUGUGCAUUUCACAUCAUAAAGCUGUUAAUGGUGAGCAAAGUAUUAUAUACUAACUAGAUUUUUCCACAUCUGUAUAGUAUAUUAUAUGUAUUUUGUGGUAUUGAGAUUAUAGAAAGUUUAGAGUGUCAAACAUGCGUUUAAUGUGUAUUUUUAAACAAAUUUAUGGCAAUUAAAAUAUUUGGAGACAAGGGUAUCACAUUUCAAUUUGUAAAGAUCUUUUUAACUUUACUGUGUCAUUAAGAUGCUUUGUAUAAUGCCAAACCAUAGCUGGAGAAACUAAGUUUAAUAAAUAUCAAAUAGAUUUUCUGUAUUAAAGUUUAUAAACACUG